AGGAGUGACCCGGGCGGAGAGAGGGAGGGAGCAGGCUGAAUGUGAGGAAGAGGGCGGAGAGCUCAGAUACAGACGUGGGACAGAGAGAGAGAGCGGCUCUGAAUGAGAAGGAGCUGGGACGGACACCUUGGAGGUGUGAGGCGGAGUGCAGGGGGAGAGCUGGACAGACAGCCACCAACAUAGAGCCCAGCACCCCCAUACAGGAACCAUGCCCACCAACGGGAUGGAGAGGAGAGCCCUCAAAUAUGAGCAGACCCUGAUGUAUGGUCGGUAUACACAGGACCUUGGAUUGUUUGCUAAAGAAGAGGCAGCCCGAAUACGUCAACAGAAAGAGCUUGGCAAACCAACUGGAGAAGACAAACCACGAGGAGCAGAGCUGAGAGAAUAUGAUGAAAGUCGCUGUGCCAAGUGCAGAAUCUGCUGCGUGCACUCUCAGCGGCUUGUGCUGUCUCGUGUGGGUGAGGACUGGAUAUUCCUCAUUCUUCUGGGCUUGCUGAUGGCACUGGUGAGCUGGGCCAUGGACUACGCAAUUGCUGUAUGCUUACAAGCUCACAAGUGGAUGUAUGGAGGUCUGGAAAGUAAUGUUUUUCUUCAGUAUUUGGCCUGGGUCACGUAUCCUGUCGUCCUAAUAACUUUCUCUGCUGGGUUCACACAGAUUCUUGCCCCACAGGCUGUCGGUUCUGGUAUACCAGAGAUGAAAACUAUCCUUCGUGGGGUGGUCUUAAAAGAAUAUCUCACUCUCAAAACAUUCAUUGCCAAAGUCAUUGGGCUGACGUGUGCCCUUGGCAGUGGGAUGCCAUUAGGCAAGGAGGGCCCAUUUGUUCACAUUGCCAGUUUGUGUGCUGCUCUUCUAAGCAAGAUCAUGUCUCUGUUUGGAGGAAUAUAUGAGAACGAGUCUCGUAACAUUGAGAUGUUGGCUGCUGCCUGCGCUGUAGGUGUUGGAUGUUGUUUUGCUGCUCCUAUUGGAGGAGUCUUGUUCAGUAUUGAGGUCACUUCUACAUUUUUUGCCGUGAGAAAUUACUGGCGUGGUUUUUUUGCUGCCACUUUCAGUGCUUUCAUAUUCAGAGUUCUCGCCGUGUGGAACAAAGAUGAGGAGACAAUCACAGCACUAUUUAAAACCAGAUUCCGUCUCGACUUUCCUUUUGACCUACAGGAACUCCCAGCAUUUGCUGUGAUUGGGAUCGCCAGUGGUUUUGGGGGUGCUUUGUUUGUUUAUCUAAAUCGCAAGAUUGUAGAGUGUAUGAGAAAACAGAAGACAAUCAACAAAUUUCUAAUGAAAAAGCGUCUCUUGUUUCCUGCUUUGGUAACGCUGCUUGUAGCAACUUUGACAUUUCCUCCGGGAUUUGGACAAUUCAUGGCUGGCCAGCUAACACAGAAGGAGACCUUAGUAACCCUGUUUGAUAAUUGCACGUGGGCUCAGCAGGGCAUCUCCGAGGACUUUAUGUUCAAGGACUUCUCCAGUGCUUGGAAACACCCCAAGACUAAUGUCUUUGUCACUCUGGUGAUAUUCAUUGUAAUGAAGUUCUGGAUGUCUGCUUUAGCCACUACAAUCCCAGUGCCAUGCGGGGCGUUCAUGCCAGUCUUUGUGAUUGGUGCUGCUUUUGGACGGCUGGUUGGGGAAAGCAUGGCUGCCUGGUUUCCUGACGGUAUUCAUACUGAUGGAAGCACAUACAGGAUUGUGCCUGGAGGCUAUGCAGUGGUUGGUGCCGCAGCUCUCUCUGGUGCUGUGACACACACAGUGUCUACGGCUGUGAUCGUAUUCGAACUCACAGGGCAGAUCUCUCACAUUCUUCCGGUGAUGAUCGCUGUCAUCUUGGCUAAUGCCGUGGCUCAGAGUCUACAGCCUUCUCUCUAUGACAGUAUUAUCCGAAUAAAAAAGCUACCAUACUUGCCAGAACUAGGCUGGGGGCAUCAGGAAAAGUAUAAUGUGCGAGUUGAAGACAUAAUGCUGAGGAACAUCCCUUUUGUGACUUUGAAUUCCAAAUAUCGUGAUCUUCAAGAGCUCUUAUCUAAUUGCCGAAUGAAGGAUCUGGCCCUGGUGGAGACUGCAGAGUCUAUGAUAUUGCUUGGCUCCAUUGAACGAUCUCAGUUGGUGUCUCUGCUCCGAUUCCAACUCAGCACCAAGCGGCGCCUGCAGCAGCUUCGAGAUGGAGGGAACGACCUGAAGAAGGAGUCUGAGAGCACUGUGAGAUUUCAGAUAGCAACAGAACAAACCACAUUUUCACCUUCGCGGGGUGAGAGUUGUAAGCCUCUAAAGCCAGCAUUAAAAAGAACUACAAGUAGCCUAAGUGAACAACCAGGAGAUGAUGCAGAAAACUCUGUAGCUGCUUUAAAAAGCAUUUUCUGUGCUAAAGACUUCAGUGAACCACUGGAGUCUCCUGUGAAUUCCGAGUCUCCCACAAAGUUAAAAUUAAAACGGCGGCCACGAUGUUUGGGGGGUGAAGAUAUGGAGGAGAUAGACACUAUGACACAAUCACAGGUUCUGGAAUGGGAGGAACUUCAACUGGAUGAGCCAAUCAACUUUAACAACUGCCAGAUAGACCCUGCUCCUUUCCAGUUGGUGGAGAGAACCUCCUUACAUAAGGCACACAAUGUCUUUUCAUUACUUGGGAUGGAUCAUGCAUAUGUAACGAGCAUAGGACGCCUCAUUGGAAUGGUGACCCUGAGAGAGCUCCGUAAAGCCAUUGAAGGUUCCGUGACUGCUAAGGGGGCAAAAGUACGCCCACCACUCGCAAGCUUCAGAGAUAGCGUUACAAGCAGCAGUGAGACAGAGACCACUAAUAUUACCAAACUGUGGGAGAGGAGCCGUCGGCACCUUCUUCCACGUGAAUCAAGCCCAUCUGACAGCGAUGACAAAUGACAUGGACUCCCUCACUAUCCCAUCACCACCACUAUCUUAAGUCCAUUUAUCACCUCUUCCCUAGCAGGGAGAUGAUUGUAUUCUGACACCUACAUGUAGAUGUUCAUCAGACUGAAAACCCGAAAAUAACAACCGGGUAUCUGUCUUCCAUCCCCCCACAGGGGAGCUGCAGAAAGUGGGUUUCAAAGACAUGGACUUCCUCUACAAAGCCAUCCAGUUGCAUUUUAAAAGAGUGAGUCCAGUAAUUGAUGAUUACAAGAACUGUGUACAAGAUGGGAAUUACUACUACAUGGGCUGUAUGAACUGACAGGAGCUGGCCUCCCACAAAUAAUUUAAUGCACUCCCUACAGCCUCACUCCUGCCAUAGGGAGAAUGCAUAACACUGCCACUAAUUUUAUUUUUUAUUAAUAAAGAGUUUUAAUAUAGUAUAUGAUCAAAGCUUAGUUCAGCCUCUGCCUUCCUGGCUAGCCGAAGAUGCAGGAGUCCUACUACCUCCAACACAAAUAUCAACAUACAUCUUUAUCUUUACAGAGAAACAAAUAAGUAUUCUGCACACUGUCACAUACGUGACUCUUCCAAGACAUUGUUUUCGGCUGUUCUAUGCAGAAUAGUGUCCUUCACCCAGCACUAAAGGGAUCCUCACCUUUGUAAUAACUUGGGAUGUCAAAGACAAGUUACCUUUCAACAUUUCAAUGCCACAGACAAAAAAUAUUUCGAAGUCGAAAUGCCUGAUGGCAUAUAUGUCACCUUACCAGUGUUAAAAAAUAAAAAAUGCACAUGCCAACUAAUUUAAACCUUCAGAUGCUGGUGGACCAAUAAUGCAUUUGAGAUAAUAAAAUUAUGAAUUAGUAAAUAUGUAUAUUUUAAUUAAACUGAAUGGAAAAUGG